CAUUACACAACAAGAAAGCUUUAACUAAAUUCUGCAAGAUAACUGUUAUUUUUCUCGACAACCCCCACCCACCCCCGAACAAUGGAGCUCCGAUGCAUGCAGGCUCCAACAGUGAGCAGCAUUCCUCGAAGCGUGCUGUUAGAGAAGCCCUUUUCAUUUGGGCAUACCAUUGUCAAGUUUCCCUGUUGUAAUAACAGAAGCUUCUCCCCAUUUGCUGCCAGGCGGCUUAAAUUUCUUGAUUUCAGAGCUCGAAAAUCAGAAACCUCCAAAAUCAAAUCACAGGCACAAGAUGCUGCUACUGCUUCAAGCAACGGUACCCAAAAAGACGAGAAUCUCGUCUUUGUUGCUGGAGCUACCGGCAAAGUCGGAUCACGAACCGUGAGGGAGCUUUUAAAAUUAGGGUUUAAAGUUCGAGCUGGUGUUCGGAGUAUUCAACGAGCCGAAUCCCUUGUGCAAAGUGUUCAGAACAUGAAGCUUGAAGAUUUGACCGGAGGCGCUCAAUCUACAGAUAAGUUUGAACUCGUCGAGUGUGACCUGGAGAAUUUGGAUCGGAUAAAACCAGCCCUGGGAAAUUCUUCGAUUGUCAUAUGCUGCAUUGGUGCUAGUGAGAAGGAGAUCUUCGAUAUUAGUGGACCCUACCGAAUUGAUUUUCAGGCAACCAAAAACCUAAUCGAUGCAGCAACUUCGGCGAAAGUCGAACAUUUCAUUUUGCUCACAUCUUUGGGAACAAAUAAAAUUGGAUUUCCUGCUGCUAUCUUGAAUUUGUUCUGGGGAGUGCUUAUAUGGAAAAGAAAAGCAGAGGAAGCACUUCUUGCAAGCGGUCUUCCUUAUACAAUAGUGAGGCCUGGUGGGAUGGAGCGGCCGACGGAUUCUUACAAGGAAACGCAUAACAUUACAUUAUCGGAAGAGGAUACUUUGUUUGGCGGUCAAGUUUCGAAUCUGCAGGUAGCGGAAUUAAUGGCGUUCAUGGCAAAAAACCGAAGCCUUUCGUACUGUAAAGUUGUGGAAGUAAUUGCGGAAACUACGGCUCCUUUGACUCCUGCAGGAGAGCUUCUGAAAACGAUACCUUCUCAGAGAGAACAAGUUUACACUUUCAAGGAAUCAGAUGCCGCAGAAGUAUCGAAGCCUAUUGCUCCAGACAGCAAAGAAGAACCCGAGCAAGUAAAAAAACCCGAGCAAGUUAAAAAACCCGAAACAACAUCAUCUUCAUCCCCGUAUUCUGCAUAUGAAGAUUUAAAGCCACCAACUUCUCCGACUCCGACACCGAGUACGGGUUCCGAUUCAACCAUAGUUAGUAAAACAGAGAUCGCGCCUAGUGAAACAAUUUCCACCUCUUCGUCUAUUGAAGUCGAUUCUUCGGAAACAGCAACUAUUUCGAUCAACGAUGUAAUUCCUCAGAUUCCACCAAAGAAAACGAAUCCCUCUUCUCCAUACAUUAACUACGAGGAUUUAAAGCCGCCAACUUCUCCAACUCCAACUCCGAGCAUUAGUCCUUCUUCGAAAGAAGCUACUAAUAUAAACAUCACACUGUCUGAAAAUAGUUCCACCUCGUCAUCUGCUGAAGUCGAUUCUUUGAAAAAGCCGAUUAUUGCCAUUAAGGAAGAUGUAAAACUCGAGUCCUCACCAAAGAAAGCACAUGCUUCAUCACCAUACAUUAAUUACGAAGACCUGAAACCACCUACCUCACCUACGCCAACAGCCAGUGGUUCCAAAAAAGAACCUUCUAUUACCGAAGCUUCUACGCAAGAAGUGUCGUUAACGAGUGAUGAGAGUACAGAUUCCGAGAAAAACGAGACAAUAAGUGUAGCAGCUUCUGUUCAAUCUCCGUAUCUCGCAUACGAUGACCUCAAACCACCGUCAUCACCAUCGCCUAGUGUGCCAGCUUUUUCCGAAGACGAUAAACCCGAAAAUCCGGUUACGGAGGAACCAAAGUCGACACCCCUUUCACCUUACACUAUGUAUGAAGAUUUGAAGCCACCGAGUUCUCCCGUUUUUUCUCAGAAAUAGGUUUGAAUUCGAAGAAUAAUGAUGUUUAAAGAGACGAAGCAGUUCAGAGUACGGGCGGCUGGAGUUUUUGGGGUAUAAUAUAUGUGAUUGCACUAUUUUGUGAUUCUUCGUUUCAUCGUAUUUGACGAUUGUGUUUCGCAUUCAUUUGCUGUAAAAAAAAAAGUUUUUGUAUUUUGACUUGGAAUGUUUUUUGUUCAAAAAUAAGAAAUAUAUGUUCGUAAUAAAUAAGGGUGGCUUGAGUUCGAGCUUGAAAAACUCGAGUUCAUUGCAGCAGAA